GAGCAACUGUCGCAACUAGAUGUCUUCCUAAGGGCGUCUCCAUUUCCGGGAUUAGCUGUGCGAUUGUUUUUCUUUUUUGCGUUACGGUUUCUUGUGUUCGGUUUUGUGCCAAACCCCCUUUUCUCAUACCCCGUUCGAUGUUUCGUGCCAAAAGUAAAAGUAAAUUUAAAAGAAAAAACGAGUGAAAAAUAGAAAAACCUAAGGUGAAGUGGUUGAGCCGUUGAUACUAAGAUUCCGGAGUGAAGUUUGUCGGUAAAUUUUUGUGGAAUGAAUAAUGUAAAUAAAGCUUAAAAUAAAAAGUAAAAAGUUAGCUUAAAAUAAAUAACAACAAUUAAAUAAAGCUUACUCGAGUGAUGUGUGAAGAAACAAACAUGUGCAUCGCAGUAUGCCACGGCUAACGUUGCUAUGUGGAGCAGCAGCAUCAGCAGGCUUUGGUCACGCGUGCCGUCACCGUUCUGGUAGCCGUUUCGAUGGAAAAAUCGCCUCCUGACAGCACGUGAUUGGCAGCAAGAGCGCAUUUUUAGUGAAAGCAAGAGUGUGUGGCAUUUAGUUGGCACGUACCACGUGAGAGCUGGUUGGCACCCAAACCCAAGUGAAGAAGUAGUACUCCCAAGAGCGCAGGCGAGCGUCCGUUUCGUCCGCUAGUGCUUGUGGUGUUGUUGUUGAGAAUGUGUACAUGUGUGUGUGCGUGUGUGUGUGUAAUACGCGUGUUUUCUAUGGAAAAGGAUAUAUGUAAGCAGUGCAGCCUUUAAUACGACUGUUCGUUUAUAUGACGAGAGAGAAAGAGCGGAUUGAUUAGCACUAAUUAACAACACUGGACAUAACGCAGUGGCCCGAAACUAGUGGAAAGAUUACCACCACUCAAGUCAACAUUUCACUAGCUGUAGCUGUAUGAUUUUUCUUUGCUAAUUCGAAACGGAUUAAAUACCAUUGUACCAUCGUGAGCCGAGCAAAACUAUGAAGCAACCAUUCUUCCAUCGUUCAUUCCAUCGCCAGUAUUCAGCAAACCGAUCAUGCUCCGCUCAUCGCAUCAUCUCAUCGCAAAGUAGCGUAAUUGAAAGCUUCCAUUAGGAGGCUAGAGCCCUUAGUCUUGUGGUCGAUUGCUCUACCGGGUGGCCCGGGUAGAUAGUCCCGAGUCGUUCCUCCGUUUGCAAAACGAACCGCUACGGAUCCGGUCCGAUGGCUACCGUUGCGACCGGAUCCGCCGGGUCCCUGGUGGACCCAAGCGCUCCACCGGCCGGCCAGAAGCAGCGCAAGAAGGGAAAAUUUCGGCUGAAGGAACGUUCCUCCUCAUCAGUACGGGAAAAGUUCAUCAACGAUCCAGCGUACACGGAAGAUGUCCGCCAUCUAGCAUUGCCCAUGCGCCGCAAUAGUGGUCCCGAGCACGACCCUGGCCGUAAGUUUUACAUGAUAUCGAAGAAAAAGUCCAACUCAGUCGGUAAGGACUAUUCGCGAGGUUCCGGCAGCUUGCAGAUAGGAGGGGGUGGUGUUGGUGGGGCCGAUGGUGCCUCGAGCGAAUUCUACACGCUGGACGUGGAAUCGAUUCGCCGGGCUGGUCUGAACGUGCCGGAGGUGAAACCGAGAAGGAAGAAGUACAACCACCAUACCAGUGCGGAACUAUUGAACCGUUUGCUGAACACGGAUGAGUCAAGCAGUUCGGAUGGUGUGCGACCGAAACCCGGAUACGGUACGGCAACGCUAGACCGUGGACGCGGCCGUAGCUUGGACCGCAGAAGCUACACAACCGCUGACGAACGGUUCGGUACCACACGGGGCCUUUCGAUUAGUCGUGCCGGAGAGGAAGACGGUCUCGGCAGGGAUGCUGGACGUCAGCAGCAGCAGCAGCAGUUACAGCGAGGACGUAAAAGUCGCAACACGGGCUCACGGAAGGAAAACUCCGAACAGGACGCACCAACGUUACCGGAUGGCGGCACAGCAUCAGGUCCCCCGGUGGGAGAUGUCUUUGCCGAAGAUAUCAUGGUAAAGGUCGGUGACCGAGAGACUGGCAGUACCAAAGGUGGACGAUUUCAAAUAGGUAAACGGUUCCUAAAGGGAGAAAUUGGUAUCAAAAGCUUCAACUAUUACCUACUGAAGGAGGGCCUCAAGUCUUCCAAGAAGAGUCUGCUGAAGCAACGGUCGGCUCCGGUUGCAGCAGCGGGUUCGGUGGACAUGCCGCUUCCGGAACCACCGCAAUCGAUGGAAUUGAUCAGCCCAGAAUCGGAAACCAUCGCUAGGAUGGGCGAGGGUGAAAAGGGCGAGGAAAACAUUUACGAAGAAAUUUACUUUGAAGAUAAACCGAAACGACCAUCGGAGGGAUGUUCCAGGGAGGGCGUUCCAAUGCAGACAUGCCAGGACGCUAGUAAUGAGAAAAUUCAAUUUAUCGAUUGUGAACUGUGCGUGCAGCAGUGUAGCAAUGCGAAUUGUGACGUGUGCCAUGGUCUGGGUGCGCAACAUACCGCACAACAGCAUGAGCACCAUCAUCACCAGCUACAGCAGCAGCGACAGGCCGAACAGAAGCAGCAGAACAUUUACGAACAGCUAAAGCAACAUGGCUCGGGAGGAUCUUCGGGUGGGAGCGGACAGUCUGGUGGGCUGUACGCCAAAACCACUACCAAGUCGUUGGACAUUGAUGAACAGAUCUAUCAAAGAAAGAAGCAGCAACAGCAACCACAGCUGCUCGAUCCACAAAAGCAACAAACCCUUAAGCAGCAGCCAGAGAGCCAUACAAGAAGUAUGGGAAAUUUAGUGGAUGAGACAUCACUGUAUGCUAGUGAGAAUGUACUACAAUAUCAGUCGUAUAACCCUAGCAAUCCUAACGUGUACAAACUCGAAACGACACCAGUAGCAUUCAGCUGUGACUACAGUCCUCUGCAGCAGAUCUAUUACAAACAACCGCCUCCAUCGGUUACAAAUCCAGGAGAUACGGUCGCCAAUAAUCCCCGGCAACACAUCUAUCAGAGACCUCAUCAGCCUGGAGGUACUGUGUCAUCCGGAUCCGACUAUUACCAGGAGCUCAAUCAUAAGAAAUCUUCCUCAUCGAGUGAUUCUCUACAGCAACAGCAGCGUCGUCUACAGGGAUCCAAUGCUGGGAUCUAUUAUCAACGAGCUGCUGCGGCAUUGAGCGAUGAUCAACAUCGUAGCUUGAUGAGUUCGAAUGCAGGUGCUAAAAUCUACAAAGUAAGUUCGAAUGUUUCCAUACUGAGUGAAGCAUCCGGGCGCAGUGAAGGUUCUUACCGUCAGCCACAACAGAUACAGCCACAACUUCAAUCCCAGUAUCAACCUUUGUCAUCCAUGGCAGUAGUGACGCAGCGGGAACAUCCCUCUGCCCAAGGACCCAAUCAAACAAGAUCGCAACAAUCGCAGCAACAGCAACAGCACCCCCAACCACAACAACAACAACCAUAUGGUCGAACAGGAGGUAAUAUGUCCGAUUCGAGCCUUGGAGAUUCGUUGUUUUCCUAUCCGGCAAACCGUCGAUACUUCGGUAGCUCGGAAAGUUGUCGCUUUGCCUCGGAAACUUGUCGCCGUUGUAGCGUGGAGGUGGACAAGUGUAGCUUCUCCGACACCUGCCGCUACUCGGACUGUCGUAACUGUGAUUGCUCGUCCAGCUAUUUCUCUUCCGACUUUGACGACAAUGCACAUGGCGGGGCACGCAAUAAGACCGGUGCUCGAAUGUCACACUCACAAUCGGAAGCGGCAGGAUACUACCAAGCACCACCUUAUGCGGAGGACUUCAUGAAACAUGUCAGUGCGGUGAAACGUGGCAAUCAGCAACAACAGCAGCAGCAGCAACAGCAACAACCACCGCAUCCGGUGUCGACCACUCAUUUGAUGGCUGGAGGAAAGAUUUACGAAACACCGCCUACAUACGUUGGCAUGAUGCCGGUUACGGGUAGCGGGCUGCAGAAACCUCGAGAACCAACGUACGAAACGUUACGAAAUCCUCCAUACUCGAUACCGAUGGUAGGUCCAUCGUAUGAUGCCGCUCCACUGGUUGCUAGUGGACGGCUUUCGAUCAGUCAAAGCCACGAAGCGUUGCUAUCUCCAAUCCGGCGCAGUAGAUCUAGCAGGAGCACUGAUACCGAUCAAUAUCCACAGCUUGAUCGUCAUUCUCCUGUUUCACAUUACUCCAAAAUAAGACGCCCUCAUCAAUCGAACACUCUACCAUCGUCAAUGCGCUCGGGAAGGCGUCAACAAACAGGUACGGGAGAGUAUGAUCCAGCUGGUUAUAGCGUAAUUCGCGAAGGUCCUUUCAAUACCCGUGGCAUCGGGCCUGGACCUAGUGGAGGAUCCACACUGCCGAAAUCCUUCAGCAUGCAACAGUCUCGCAUCACACCGAUGGUUACGGGACGAUCGGCAUCUCUGCUCACGAUGGGUCACGAGUAUGCAGAAAUUACCAAAACAACUGGGAAAAAUAAACCAAUUCCACCCCCGAUUAGUACUAUUCCGAGUACACGCGAAGCUAGAGCACGUUCGAAACAAGCGGCAUCGGUUGUCCGUGCGGUAUCCCCAUCCCAGUACGCUCGCACUGGUCCGUCAGGCAUUGCUGGUAGUUCCGUGAGUGGGAAUACAAGCAUGGAGCGUAAAUCUCGCGAUCGAUCAUUGAAGCAGGUCAAAAGUUCUGAAACAGCGAGAAAAGAACGAUCGCCAGCUGUUAGGGAACAGCAGAUGGAGAAAGGAAAAUCUGUCAGAGAGCCUACCGGAACGUCAGCUGCCGGUGCUAGUGGUUCGAUCGGAAGAACUGGAAAACCUACGACGGGAAGUACCAGACGGAAGGAGUUUGUACGAUCGCAACAGCAACAGCAUCGAUCAAAGCGUCCGGUACAGGAUAACUUCACCGAUGACGAAGAUGAUGAUGAGGUGUUCCUGAGUGAUAAGGUGUACGAACGACCGGCGCAGAACAAUCGAAAGGAUUCGAAGGAAUCACUAGUGGCGCUCACGUCUACGGUGACCGCGCCACAAACGACGCUGACAUCCUCGUUAAUGGCACCGACAACACCGACAACAACUAGCAGUGGUACCGGUCGAAGUAGCAGCGGUGCUACACCGCCAACCGCAACAACUGCCUCCACCGUCACAACGACCGCUUCGUUCUCUUCGCCCUCGCUCCCGAACGCACGAAGCUCCGGUGCGCAAGCUUUCGAUUUUACGCUACAACCCCCAACAUCAUCAUCCUCCUCCAGCGGCACUCAGCCCCAUUCGUCUUCAUCCCCUUCGAUGGCGCCCACUGCGUACGCCACCUCGCCCGUUCCGGCUCCACGAACGAAAUCAAAACAAAAGCCAGAGCUCGAUGCCGGCAGCGGCCGAACGGUAACCGGUGCUCAGCCGAACGAAAGUGAGAGUUUGCGCACCGAACGUCCGAAAGCUCCCGUACCGAGCACGGUGAGUGGCCGUGAGUGUACCGUGGGCCCUUCCAUGACGGAUGCUGGGCAAACGAGCGACAUCAACGGGAGUAGUGCCGGUGGCCCCAGCAUGAAAGGGGAUGCCAAAACAACAACAAGCACUGCACUCAUCAGUUUCGAUUCUGGCGUCGUCGGUGAAGCAACGCGUCGUGACGUCGUGCGUCGAGCAGCUAGCGGAGUAGUGAACAGAUCAAAGGACCAGUCACCAUCAACGCCAUCAGCGGGCCAGGAAGUACUGCCCACCAAUAGCGAACCUUCGGUUGGAACAUCCGCCGCUAACGCGAACGUCGACGCACCGCAAACAACCCCAAGCGAACAGUUGCAGCAGGAUGCUGAUGAUGAUGAUGAUGGUGGCGAACUGACGAAAUUAAUUGGCAACGAUGAGUGUGACAUCAGUGACUUCCCAUUGCCGGAGCUCCCGGUGAGCAGCAGGCAGGAUCCAACAUCCUCCGACAGUUUCCUCACGGCAACGGAUGCCGAGGAUGGUGGCGUUGGUUUGGCGGACGAAGCUACCGUACUAACACUAGAAACCGAACAACGAAACCGUGAACGAACCGGUGAGGACGAGGACGUCGAACGGUCACAGACACAGCAGGACGAACUAGACAGUAUGCACUACCGGACGGCAGCAAACGGCGGCAAGCCGACGUAUCUGUUCGGUGAAAAUGUCAAAAAGAAUGGCAUAUUUCUCAACAAAUCUGGCUGGGUGCAGGUAACGGGCGCACAGCAAUCCAUCCCAGGCCGGGGAGUUCCCGGGUCCUACCCAUUGGCUGGCAAUGAGCGGUCUCUAGGAACUCCCGGCAUGCCGACUGGGCCUCCAGUAGCAGCAGCUGGAUCGAAAGUAACACGCAAAUACAUCGAGUAUGAUGAAAACCGCUACACAGGUCGCUCCACAACCGGUGCCAGCAAGCUGGAAGAUCUGAUCAACCGCAACGAAUCACGCGGCAAGGGAGGUAGCCGUCCACCCAGUCAACAGCAACGGCAGGAUAACGUAACGAUACUAAAGAUAGAUCCGAGCUCCGGCACGACAUCGACCGCUUCGCUAGGCAACCGGCCGGCUUGCCUUUCGAUAAAACGUAACCUAGCGGAUGGAAGUCCUCCACCAGUGACUCCCAUCCUAUCGCCACCUCCCGCUUUUCAGGACACACAGCAGCAACAGCAACUGCAGCAGCAGCAGCAACAACAGCAACAAUCCAAUAAAACCCGCCUUGGGGACAUUAAACCCGGCACGAGAAUAUUCCUUUCAGUGGUGGAUAAUGAAAACCACAAUCCGAAGGGAAUGGUAUUUUCACGAAGUUUUGAGUACGAUCGACGGAACAGGCGUCCACCGGAGGAAGAUGUUGAGCAGCGUGGAGGAUACGGUGGGAUGUCUACUGGCCCCGGCAGUAGUAGCAGUACGGAUGCCUUUUCGAAAAGUUUUGAUUACGAUUUUAAUCCAUCCGGCUCGAUGGGAAGCUUGCAGCAACCGCAAAAGCCCCAACCGCAGCAGCAACAGCCGCUCAAAAGCUCUCUUAUAAGACGCAAUCGUUCGCCAACGUUUGCCACGCUUACCGGGAACUCACCGAACUAUCUUACGAAAAAGGAAAAACCGACCAAACUCAGCUCACCGAUCUUUCCGAAAGCUAUACCGGGCAAUAGUCUUACGGUGAACCGAGCUACACUUGGUUACGCAUCGAGCGAAUCGUUACGGAAGUUUGACAAGAAUAAGUCUCUCGAUACGGGUGGAGCAAUCGGAAGCGGUAGUUUCAGCGCUGGUCAUCGUUCCCGCCGUUCACAGUUCUCGACCAAGGCCAACUCUGCGCCAGGUCUACCGUACGGGUUUCGAUCCGAUUCGGUCGGCAAUCAACGACUCAAUUCCUGUGAUAGUGGUGCAAGAUCAGAUUACUCUAACGAUGACGUGGAUGACGAUGACGAUAUAAGCGAGGAUCAAUCCUCCUCCCUAGCACUAAGCUACAAAUCAUCCACGUCCUACAUUAACCAGAUGAAGGGACGUGCCUCGUUUACCGGUGGUAGCCCAAGUCAGAGCCAGAGUGCACUCCUAUCAGCGGGAUCACCGCACGGUCUGCUUAAAUCCCAGCGAUCACUAACACCCGAACGACUUUACGACAACAACGACGACUACGGCAGUGCACGUAACCUUAAAAAGCAACGAUCUCUGACUCCGGAGAAACGCUCCCGGACACCGGACGAUCGUAGCAAGCGAAAAGGGGUUGGUGACCAGGGCAACAACAGCUCCCAGUCGUCGCUCGUAUCACGACAAAGUUCAGGCUCGCGCAGUAGCACUCUCGAGCGACAGCAGCUACGCUACGACGAAGGCUACAUGCGCACCAGUAGCCGUAGCUCGUCCAGCUCGAGUUACAGCCGAGACGAGAACGUACCGACGACCAGCCCGAGCGCCACCUAUCGGCGUAAUCAGCUGAGGGGUAACGUACGCCUUCAGCCGGGUACAACGGCCAUCGGUGGUGAUUACAAAAUACGCCGAUCAAGGUCGCUCCAACUCUCGGAAAGAUCGCCUAGUCGCCAGCAAAUGCCAGUGCAGCAGAUGCCUCACAAGGUGGUCGUUCGGUUGGGAACGGUUCCACCGAAGGAGCGUCCCAUCUAUGCAACGCCAAACGUUAUGGGUGGGGGCCGUAAGCAAGGACCUACCACGUCACAGCUGCUUAGCCAAGACAGUCUCAAUCUGGGAGGUGCCCACAUGUACAGCCGCAUCUCGCCCAGCAGUACGCUCGAUCGGUUACGUCGUGAAACCGCCUCACACACACUGGAGGUGGUCGAUAAGAGCAAAUCCUUCGACAACAAUAACUACGGUCUCGGUAUGGGGGCAGCAGGCGUGACCCACCCUUACGAGUACGAGUUUGACAAGAGUAAAUCGUUCGAUGACAAUCUUGGCAUGCCGCUUGCCGAUCGGAUGUCCGACAAGCGCACGUACGUGACGAAUGAAAAGCGUUCGUACUCGCACGAUCGCGUUUUCGGUUCAACUGGGACCAACUCCUCGAGCAACGAGUACGCUACCAGUCAGUCAUCCACGUCGCGGAACCGUUCACCACAGACCUCACUGUUUGGGGGAUUGAAUCGACUGUACGAACCGGAGCUACCGUACGAACUGAACCGUGUCACGAUGGCACGAUCACCCGUCAUGAUGGGUUCGGCCUACAGACAGACGCGAUCGGCUGUAUCUCGUGAACGAUCACCGGUACCGGGCUAUCAGAAACCAAGUGACCUAUACCUGAUGCGGCAGCAAACACCCGACUCCGAGUACGACGAUCGGCUAAUGACACCGGAGUAUGGUGCGGAACCGGGACCGGUACAACCGAUAGCCACCUUCAAGGAGGCUGAGCUAGUGAAGAAAUUUCUGUACGCCACCAAGAACAAGGUGCAAAUGCAUCGGGAAUCGGCUGCGAGGAACGCAAUGCCACCACCGACCAUUGCCGGAACGCCAUCGUCUGGAAGUUGUACCGCUAGCUCCUGUGACUUUUGGCCACACUGUGGCGUGUCGUCCGCGGGUGCAACUGCAAGUGCGCUGCAGGUCGAGGAACAUUCGAAGGAACAGAAUGCGCAACACUUGUCCAAAUCGGGUAGUGAUAAUUGUUUGAGCCGCAAAGUGAAACGUGCGGUACCGGCGGAAGUGAUAUACAUUGGCAGCGCCGGUACCGGUAAUGAUGACUGUGCGGGUGGGCCUCGUGGCGAUGGUGGUGGUAAUAGUAGUAGCAAUAGUAGCAAUGGUAGUCACAUUAGCAGUAGCAACAGCAACGGUUCAGCCAUCAUGUGGCCGAACACGUCGACGGUAUCGGCUAAAAUGGGCACCGAGCCUACGGCUACUCGUGCUUCGGCAACCGGGCGUGCCGUACCGGUACCGGUGAAGGCAAACAGCUACGGUGGUGUUAGUAACUUUGGCCAACAGCAUCACUAUUACCAACAACAGCAACCGCACCAGCAGCAGCAACAGCAGCAGCAGCAGCAGGCGCAGCAACAUCAACCACACCAGCAACAGCAGCGCAUUUUACGCAAGCAGCAAAACUUUGAAUUCUACGAUGAUGAUGGUGCCGGUCCAAUGUCCUACCGGAUGUCAUCCGGUCCGAGCCCGGUAGCAAAAUCCGCUCACGGUGCUAACGGCCCGAAUGAAGGCCUAUCGGUUAACUACGGCUCGGGCAAUGCCGGUGGCAAUAGUAGCAACAUCAUCAGCACGAUCAUAAAAGCAAACUCGAUAACGUUUCUCGGUGAGCACGAGAUGCCAAUUACGCGUGACCGUGCCUCCACCUCGAAGGGGAAGGUUUCAACCGUGGGGCAAAGCGUCGUAACCGUCGGUGGUAGUGGCAGCUCCAGUUCCGGUGGUGCGUUGUCGACGGUGAAAAGUAACAGCGCCACAGCAGCACUGAUGGUACCACCGGCGACGAUGGUACCGGGUGUGUUGCCCACGAACGGGAAAAUCAACCGUAGCAAUAAUGGCAAACAGCAGCGACAUCAGCAAAUGACCGUUGGCAAUCAGCACGGCACAGCUUGCACUGGCACUGGCAUCGAUCCACGCGACGGCAGAGCAAGACCUCAAUCGACCAAACCUCGUACCGUGGGACAAGUGACAUCGUUAGCGGCCGGUUCCAUCAAGCGAAAGUUUGAGAUGAAACUCAAGAGUCGCUCUCUGCCCAAAUCCUUCAUGCGCUACAGCAACCUAACGACGGAUGACUUGGAGCUGUCGGCUAUUUUUACAUCGAACACGCCCCUUCAACUAAGAGCCGUUUCUAGUCCAUCGAUUUCGGAGGCACCGAUCGAAGCGGCACCGGCUGGUCGAAACAAGCAGGAUGCAAGGAAUCCCCACCUAAGUACCGUCGGUGCCAAUGCCCACCUCAGUCCCACCUCGAAUGUACAUCAGCAUCCAUCAUCAUCAUCGUCAUCUCCGCAUCAGAAGACUGUUCAAACCAAAGUGUCCACCCAUCAUCCAGUGCAAGUUUCGGAAAGCGUACUGCAAAAGUUCCGCAAAACGUUCUCCCAUUUUAAAACCUCGAAAGCGGCACCUCAACCGGUGACCCUUGCCACAUCGGAACUGCAAAACGGAGGAACGAUGAGUGUGGAUGACAAGCAGCAGCAGCAGCAGCAACAACAGCAAACGCAUCAUCACCACCGAUUCGGUCCACUGAUCUGGCGAUCGAGCAAGGAACGCCGCAAGACCAAGUCCCACCGGCGGGACAAAUGUAAUAGCGGCGAUUCAGGCAUCCAGGUCGAGCUUGACAAUGAUGCGGACCAGCAUCUACUACUGCAGCAGCUUCAUCCACUCGAACAUCACCCGGAAGGAGUGCCGGACGGUGUACGUAAUGGAGAUGUACCACAACCACCACAUUACACCGCUGGUGUACCGGUACGGAGGGCCAACUCAGCUAAAGUGUCCACCACGACCAACAACAGCAUCACCAGCUCGUCCAUCCUCAAGCACAAACUGUCGCUCAAGGGCAAGGACAAAGAAAACGUCUCCAACAUUUCGCGGCUUAGUGGCAAAUCGCUCAGUCAACCGUCCGGGUUAGACUGUAUCGUUGCACCGGGUGGUGACUGUGAGGUGGACGGAAGGCGCCGACGUCGAAGGCAGCAUACACGCACCUCCACCACAAUACCAACCGAGCUAGACCUUAGCGACAGCGAAAGCAUAUCUUCCCAUCCGGAUGAAGAUGAAGCGGUUGCAGUCGAAGACGAACUGCUCGUUGAGCCCGCCUUUGCCGAGGUGUUGUUUUCCUUCCGUCCCGGUGGUCCCCAGGAACUCGGUCUGGAAAAAGGUGCCCUGGUGGAGGUGUUAAAGCGCGAAUCAGGACCUUGGUGGUGGGGUCGACUAAAAUCGGACGCCAUCGUAUCGACUGUGGCUGAUGUGGACCGAAAACCGUCCGAUUGUGGAUGGUUCCCGAAGGAUUUUGUGAAGAUUGUGCCGACGUACGCUAAACCGAAACAGAUCCUCAUCAUUAGCAACAAUGAGGCGGGCAAAUGCCAUGGUGCGUGCGAGGAUGAUGAUGGUGGUAGCAGUGCUUCCACGCUGAUCGAAGGUAGCAACUGUGAUAGUACCCGACUGAUGGGUGGACUGUCCGUGGCGAGCGAUGCGUCGUCGUCGUCGGUAGCUCCAGGAGGACCACCGGACGACGGUGGUACCGCUAGUCAUGACUUAACGAAGGAAAACAUCAUCAAGGAGCUGCUGGAAACGGAAAUUAACUACGUGAAGCUGCUCAAUUCGCUGUGCAUAGGCUUCAUUAAACCACUGCGCGAGCGGGAAGACGUCUUUUCGGUGGAAAGUGUAAAUUUGAUAUUUUCCAACCUGGAAAAGAUCUGGCGAUUCCAGCAAACCUUUCUCGACGCGUUACGCGUCGCUGUGCCAAACAAUCGAAUCGGUGAAGUGUUCCUGGAGUAUCAAUCUGCGUUUAUGGUGUACUCUUCCUACUGCAACUCGUACCCACGUGCGCUAAUGGAGCUGGAAAACUAUGCCAACAAUAAGGAAGCCAAUCAAAUACUGGAAAACUGUCGUAUGGCGGAAAAUUUACCAGAGUUACCACUGUCGGCACAUCUGCUAGCGCCGAUUCAAAGGAUAUGCCGUUACCCGUUACAUCUCAGCGAACUAGUCAAACACUCGCUCACCCGUAAGGAGCUGCUGCCGACGCUUAAUCUGCGCAAGUGUACCAAAUCCGAGCUGGAAACGAUGGACUGCCGGGAGGUGUUCGAGAUGGCACUGUCGGCGAUGCGACGCGUUACGGAAAUGGUAAACGAAGGCAAACGGCACAGCGAGUAUCUGUCCCGCAUCCAGGCACGGUUCGAAAACUUCCAAGGCCCAUCGAUCAACGUCCACAGCACACGGCUGUUUCUGCAAACUGACGCAAUACGGAUGUCCCCGAACCUGUGGAACAACACGUACACGCUAUUUCUGUUCGAUCGGCAGCUCAUCUACUGCAAGAAGGAUCUGCUCAAGCGCACCAACUACAUCUACAAGGGACGCAUCUUUCUCGAUAACUGCCGCAUCCUCAACCUGCCGGAUGGUAAAAUGUUUGGCGUAACGCUUAAAAACGCUCUCCGGCUGUACUGUGACACGCGCAACAAGUGGUUCGAUUUUUGCUUCCGUAGCAGCAGUAGCAAAUUGCGCUUCCUUAAUACGCUCUCGUCCGAGCGACAGUUUUGCGGCGAAAGUUUGUUCGUGUCCGAGCUGGACGGUGGCGCAGCGUCCUGUUUCGAUGAUGAUAAUCUUUCCGAUCGGGAAUAUUUCCCGUACGUGGACGAUAGCAAGGAGACGGACAAUGGUGGUGAUUCGAAUCUGUACGAUAUGGUCGAUACUGGUAGUGGCGGAUUCCGUCCAUCGGUGGCGAGCACUAUUUCGUCCUUGUCAGCUGGUUCGCAGUACGCGAAAGAAUCUCUCAGCAAACCAUCUCCCACGACAAUCAUGAUGCCACCGGUGGCAUCCAUCAGUGGGCCUAAUGGUGCCGGUGGUGGUAAUACACUGCCGAAAAAGUCUCGAAAAAUGCCCAAGGAUGCAGCAUCAUUGCAGCAGCAACAGCAACAGCAGGUACUAGCUGGUACGGAUUAUGGUUCUAACUCGCUGGGGCGCCGUAAGUUAGGCAAUUGGUUCCGCAAAGCGAAAAGCACCAACAGUACACCGUCGCAAAGUCCCACACAUCAUCCGAUGGCGAUGUCGCUGGCCUCUAUCGGCAAUAACAACAACCUCCAUUCGGAUAGCUCAUCCCAGAGCAGUCUGGUGACCAGCGGGUUCCAGCAACAGCGCACACUUUCAACGCUCGGUACCGGCACAACACUGUCCAGCAGUGGUACCGCGCUAUCCGGUUCCGGUGGCAAAGAUGAUGACAAAGAUGAGCUGUUGUUCUAAAAAGCAAUCCUUCUCUGCCUCCUUCCUUCUCCAAAACCAAAAACAAAAAAAAGAAUUGUUACCCCCAACAAAUUAAGCCACCAACCACCACCAAGCGAACACAAAAAGGACACACAGAGCUAGAGGAUUCCCAUUGAAUGUAACACAGCAACUGUAAUUUGAAUUGUUUUAACGCCAAAUUAGAACACCACUGCACUGCACACAAUUCGAAUACCUUUUUUUCUGACUGAUCGUUUUUGUGUUUUAAUACAUAAACUUGUAAUGUAAACACUUUACAAAAAUUAGCAGCAACACGUAAAACCACUUACAAAGACGUGAAAUCCCCCUGCUCAACCUUACUAUUGCUGCCAAUCGAGCCAAAGAAAAGAGGAAAAGUAAAUGAUUUUCCAAAAACUUUACAAAAGUGAGAGAGAAAAAACAAUGGAAGAAAGAAAAAACAAGUGUUCAAUUGAGAAUAGAAAAAAAACACAAGUACACACAAAAGUGUAAUGUUUUAAACAAGAGAAAGAAAGAAGCGAACAAAGCACGAGUGAAACAAUGUGUAAAACAAAGGGAUGCACUAAUAAGAGCCGGGUUUUUGAAAUAAAACCACCAAUAAUGUCGUCAAUUGUUUGCGUUGGUUGUAAUUGCGCGGAACUUUGAUUAUUAUUAUUAUGCUGUAUUGUAUCGAUCGUUGAUCGUGUGUUGCAUCGAUCGUACCGAACUAAAUGCGUUAGUUAUUGCUAUGUUUAAAACAACACUAGCAGGUUUCAACGUUAUCUUGUAAGUUAUUGUAGGGGUCUUUUGCUCACUGGUUUGUGUUCCCUAGUUCCAUGCGUAUCCCUUUAUUAACAGAAAUAAACAUUAGACAACUAAAUAACAAGCAAUCAAAACCAAUCCAUUGUGAGGUGUGAACCGGAUAAGAAUGGAAGGUAUAAUAAUUACACGCGCUUAAACGACAUUUCGUGUCUUGAUUUUAAACCUACGAAUAGGGGCUGGACAUUGUAGCUGAAACGAACGAGCAAGAGCAGUGUUAGGAAAGCAAAGCUAAACCUAAAGCUGGUACUGUGAAACAUGGCAAUAAUUUAUUGCAAUAUAGAGGAAGUGAAAGAACCAACCGAUAGUGUGGAAGAUGUUGGCGUUAUUACCUGUUUUAUUCUAUUUUUGCCGCCCUUCUUUUUAGAAACGAAACGUGUAGUCUGCUGGCAGAGAUUAGAAUUGACAGUGCGUAAUACUGCUUCGUACUACGUAUGAAUAAUCAUAGAAUUAGCCGUUACAACUGUUACUUUCACACCAUCCCCAAUCCCAACGUCCGGAUCUUCUGAUCGGGCAUUUGGGCAUCGGUUUUCACUAGGUUUCACACUAGGUUUUCACAACCAUUUGCGCUUCCACUCGGUUUGCAAAAUGCAAAACACACACUUUGCCACACAGAUUGGUCGUUUGGGGAAAAAAAGACUUAAACAAAAUGACGGUCUGGAAGCUGGAAGAGCAAAUAUAACGCUCUCUUACUAUUAUAAUAUGCUUUAAGGCAAAGCUACACACAUUACAGGGUUAAUUAAUUAAACAAAACAAAAACGAACAAAUGAUUACAAAAAGCGAACAUUCGAAGGAACAAGCAAAAAAAAAACACAAUUUAACCUGGAGAAUGUGACUUUCCAUUCUCGCCUUUCGGUUUUGUUUUGUAGCCUGAUACAGGAAUAUAUUUAAUGAAAUUUGGAUAAAAACGUAACUAACGUAGAGAAAGCGCUUACCCUCUCGUUGUGUGUUGUUUGAAGUGGAAGAAAAGAAAGCAGGUUAGGAAUGGGAAAACAGAAUUAAACCGUAUACAUUAAGAUAUUUGCUGGAAAAGAAAAUACUCUACCUUUAGUAGAUGAUCGGUUUGGGGUUGAGAAGUAUAUAUUUAAGGCACCUGUACGCGUGUGUACUACAUAUUGGGGAAGCUUCAUUGGAAGCUUAUCAAGAUCGUAACACCGUUACAUAACCGUACACACAAAUAAAUCAUAAUAUUGUGCGUACUUUUAAUGCAAGCUCAAAACACACCCUAAUCUGGAAAGAGAUCGGGUGUUCCUGGGGGAAAGCACAUAAAUCGAAAACGAUAUAAACAAAAAACAAAACUAAUAACCAUUAAUCGAUGACCAUGAAGCGACCACAUUACAACUCCUGUAACGAACUUUUUGUUGUCCUUUUUUUUGUCAAAUGUUCCGGCCACUUGUGGAAUGUGACCAAAGCGAAUCGUGUUCUUGAAAAUCAUAAGUUACCUUUACUGUUUGUAAUGUGUAACUGUUAAUUUUGUUUUAAGAAAAAUAAAAAAAAGACAGAUGUAAAUAGUUUGUGAGGCCGAAAACAAGAAAAAAAAGGCGAAAAUUAAUCUAACAUUUACAGUUACAACAUUGCACCAACAAUUUACCCGAAACUGCAGCACAAACAAAAUUGUCGUUUGGAACGGAACAUAUCGAACAGUUUACCGUGUUUGUCAGAAUGCUCUUACACAGCUCGAUAAGAAAAAAAUGCAUCCGUUUUAAAAAGAGCAGAGAGAAAAUAUUAAAUGUUUUGUGUUAGUAUUAUUCACGACCAUUUCAGUUUCAGUGCAAGAUCCCGUACGAUCGAUCUUUACUUGUACUAAAAUCGAUAGUAAUAACAGAAACGCACAUACACACGCAAGAAGGAAUGGUAGAGUUUGCAGCAUCAACCAUAAUCGAUCCUAGUUGGCCGUAUCAUAUAACCCACCCGUUUGGAUAUUUUCUGGAAGCAAAACCACGCAACAAGUCGCCUACUACGAUGCCGUAGCAAAUCUGGUGGACAUUUGAUUUAUGUACUUCGAUCCCUAAAACAAAAACACACACUCAUAAACUAAAACAUAAUUAAGUAAACACUCCCAUUACCAAUGUUGGCCGCGUUUGCGGAACGAAAGCAGAAAGGAAUCUAAUAAAGGAAUUAAAAUGAAAUGAAAAAUGGAAAAUAAAAAAACAAAUAAAAAACAAACUUACGUAAUGAGA